AUGGCCAUGGCCAUGGACAUGGAUGAUGAGAAGCUGUUUCGCCAAGAGCACGGCUGGUCCUUGCAGCUCAAGUCCGGCCAGGAGAUCACGCUAACUCCGGGCGCCAACGAGGCGAACGAACCCCUCUGCGUCACCGACGUCUUCCUCGUCGACCCGGAGAGCACCGACGGCCAGGGCGUCGUGGCCGCCUUCGUAGAGAUCGGCACGCGGAACAUCUUGCUCGCGGCGCUGUCGUCGGAGAGGCCCCGCGUGGCGCUGCAGACCCCGGUGGUGCUCGACGAGCAGUUCUGCUUCUACCUGAUGCGGCCUGGAACCGACGCCGACGCAGACGCCGACGCCGAAGCCGACGCGGUCGUCGUUCAGUUCCAAGGUUACGUUGUGCCGUCUUCGGACACGAAGGGGGAGAUAGAGGAGGACGACGAAGAGGAUGACAUGAUCGACGAUGAGAACCACGAAGAGGAGCAGGAAGAGGAGGAUGACGGCAAUGGCACGGAGGACGACGAGGAUGCGAGAGAUUCCGACUCCCACUACGAAUACGACAGCAGGGAUGACGGGGAGGUGUGCGGCCUCCCGCCCGGCGUCGAGCUCAACUACGCCUACGCGCCAAGAAGGGACGACAGCGAGGAGGAGUUCGUCGACCGCAAGGUGCGCGCGCAAGCGGUCAGGGAGAGACGCGCCAGCCACAAGGCGCAGCGGCGACGCAGGAGGUUCGCCACCGAGGCCGAGGGGCGGUCCCUCGGAGGGCCGGCGCCGCCGGGGCUCGCUUUCCCCGCGGAGCGCCGUCGACGGGUUCCACUUGAAGCAGCUCUCCUGGGUAUCUUUGUGUUUGUCUAUCUGAUGGCGAUGGUUGCACUGUACAUCAGUGGAUGA